CCAAAUUGUACAAGUUUAAAGCGCCAGCUUUAGACUUUGCCAAGAUGAGUAAUUAUACUCCUAAGUAAUGAUAAUGAUGAUCUGCCAACCCCCAUUGCUUUGAACCCUAAUAAGGUUUAUUCUACAUUUGACUUACCUCCAAAGGGAAUUGAUUUCUCAAAGGUCACGGGGAGGUACCCGAAAAGCAUUAAGAUACUCAAGAAGAAGCAACAGAAAGAAGAAGCUGAAAACCAAUUGACCGAAAACCAGGAUGAAGUUGAAAUUAAGAACCUGUUUAGCAGCUUUACGAUGAAUUCUUGGCAUCCGAAGCCAGAGGAGGUAAUGUCUAAGAAGAUGGAGAGCAAUUUGAGGAAUUAUCAAGAAGAACUUUCUAAAAUUAAAAUUCUUAAUAAAUAAGACACUUAAGCUGGGAAAGUCUAUUAAGUACCACAAGAAGAAGAUCAGAGAGAUAGGGGUCGACGUGAAGAGAGUCAGACUUAGGCCGAAUAGGAAAGUCAGUAAAGCAUCUGUUAUUGAUAAAAGAAACAAUAAAAGCAAUAAGAAUCAGAGUAGAAUAAAUCAUAUUCCUUCUGAAAAUUGGAGUGAAGAAGCAUAUAGUAUAGCCCAUCUUCAGCUUCGAGCCAUCUAAUUUCUUAACAA